AUGGCUCUUGGGAGUGUGGACGGUCAUGUCAAAGGUGCCAAAGUGGAGCUGGCGCAGGUUAAAGAGCGCAGCGUUGACGUAGCCAGGCUGCAGGUUGAAGUUGGCGGCGUGGCCGUACUUGCCCUGGCGGGGGUGCAGGUCGAGAUACAGGUAGCCGACGAAGCCUUCUCCCUCGGAGGCAUCGUCCCAGACGCUAAAGAUGAUGACGUCCUCGUGCCAGGCGAUGUCCUCGCCCUUGCCCGUGGGGCUCAGGGCCUUGCGGUCCUCAGGCUUGAGCUCAACAAAGACGAAGCCCAGCAGCUCCUCAAAGAUCUUGAGCAUGCCGGCAAUCGUCGAUGUGAUGGGGAAGUACUCGGCAAUCUUGUUCUCGUCGAUGCUGUAUUCCUUCUCAAUCAUCAAGCGGUCGUAGAACUUGUGGUCCCAGAGGUAGUAGUUGCCGUCGUUGGCAACCCCCCGGGCCUCGGUAUCGGCCUUCUUGAGCUCCAGGAGGUGCUCGACCUCCUUGGCGCCACCGGCCGUCAAGCGGGAGCGGAGGUCGCCCAAGAAGUCGGUGACGGUUUUGGUGGUCUUGGCCAUCUUGUCCUCGAUUCGGAGGGAGGCGUGGUCAGGGUACCCGAGCAUGCGGGCAGCCUCAUCACGGAGGAUGAUGGCCUCCUUGAACAGAGGGACGUUCUGGUUGCACUUGUUCUCGUUCUGGAUGAAGACCUUGCGCCUCGUAUCGGGGUUCUUUGCGAACUUGAGGGUGGGGAAGAGGUCGGGGUACUUGAAAGAAAGCUUGAGCUUGCCCUCGUUCUCGCCGGUGCCCUUCUCCAACCCAUCAAGGACAUCCUGGUGCACACCGUCCAGCUCCUCGGGCGUGAACCAGAUGCCGCCAUUCUCCUCGUUGAGGUUCUUCUGGAACUCGAUCUGGAUCUGACUAAGGCGCUUCUUGAUCUCCUUGAAGCGAUCGCGCUGGGGUCCGGCAGGCAGACCCAGGCCCAUCUUGACAUAGUUCUUGUAGUCCUUCUCGAGCAAACGCAGGCUCUCCGGGUCCAGGCCCUCCGAGUCCUUCUUCUUGUAGAUGGCCUCAAUCAGCUUGUACACAUCCUCCCUCAUGUUCACUUCGAUGGAGAACUCGUCCAUGAUGGUGUCGGCCUGGGUCGAAGCCUCGCGCAGGGCGGCGUCGCUCGAGACGUACUGGUAGAAGCCCAGGAUGCGUGUCGACAGUCCGCUCUCGUUCUCGUCCUUGGCAAUGGGUCGCAUGACAUUGUCGAAGCUGGCCUUGUCGACGGGGACCUCGGCGACGAGCUUGUCGAGCAGGGCCCGGGUCUGGUCGCAGAUCUUCUUGGAGUCGCCGACGAUGGACUCCUUGGUGCCCGUGAAGACGGGGGGCGCCUGGGGCGGGGACUUGUACUUGUCGGGGACCAUGGUGCUAGUCAUCAAGGGGCGGUAUGUCGAGGUGGCAGGUGUGGCGAAGAGGGGGACCUGCACUGGUUUGAAGCGCAGCUGGGCGAAGAGAGAAGUGAUUCUCGGGACUGCUCUGGGGGCCGCCAGGAUGAGGGCUGUGACGAGGAAUAUGAGGAGAAAGGCGAAGGAGAGGAGGGGUAG